UCGCACCCGUACAACGCCGUGCUCCAGAUCUAAAAUGAGAGGUUAUCUAUUUUUUGUCGUUUUACUUAUCGUCGCUAUCGGCACUGAAAUUGCCCUUGGGGACUGCCUUUCUGGAAGAUAUGGAGGCGCGUGUGCCGUGUGGGACAACGACACUUGCCGCAGAGUUUGUAGUGAAGAGGUACGCAGAAGUGGCUAUUGCAGCCCAAGUCUUAAAUGUUGGUGUGAGGGAUGUUAAGAUGCAUUAACGACGAAAAAAAUCUUAACAUUUUAUCUAGCUUUAAGCAGAUUGGUUCAUAUAAAUUGUGAAUUAUUCAAUGAAAUAUUUUAUCUAUCUAAAAUUUGUACCUAAUAUUGUUACAACUUAUAACAAAAAAUAGUUGGGAAAAUAA